AUGUUACAAUAGAUGAGAUUCAAUUUCCAAUAGCAAAUAAGAAAAUCCAAAAUUGAAGACUAAUUAAAAGAAGCAAGGAAAAAGUAUUAUAAUUAUGGUGAUAAUUUCAAUGAACAAAUUAUUUUGAACUAAAAUUCUAGUUCAGAAUUUUAAUAAAAAAUUCAAUUUGAACUAAAGAACCUCAAGAAAUAAAUUGAAGAUGAUGAAAACUACAUUAUAAGUUUGGCCAAAUCAAAAUUUCUAGAAGAGAUGGCAACUCCUACACUAAUAUAAAAUUAUUCAACAAUAAAUUCAAUAUUUUUUGAGAUUUUUAUCAAAAUGAUUGAAUAUGCUAAAAGAAAUAACUUAUUUUGGAUAAUACUAUAGUUUAGACAUUCAUAAUUCUUAAACUGUCUUUAAUCUUUGGAAUAUUCAAAUGAGUUUCAAAGAUUUAUUAAUUCAUUGAUAUGA